CACAGCAGAACUUGCUAGCUAGCCAAAUUCAAACACCAAUUUCAGAAAUGGCGCCCAUGACUAACUACCGCAACAUCGUCAGCACAGCAAUGGGCUCGCUGCUAGUAACCUGCGCCCUGAUCGUCGUAGCAUCCCCUUACGGCGCCAAAGCAGAGAUCUCAUGCCAGCAGGUGGCCUCUCAGCUGGCUCCCUGCAUCAACCACGUCUUGGUCGGAGGCGGGGUGUCGCCGGUCUGCUGCCAAGGGGUCAAGAAGGCGGCUGCAGAUGUGAAAACGUCGGCUGAUCUCCGGGCGAGUUGCCAGUGCGUGAAGGACAGUACUGCAAGAUUCCCUGGCGUCAACUAUGGCAGGGUGAAUGAAGUUGCACCCAAAUGUGGCACCUUCGUGCCUUACACUGUUAGCCCCAACCUUGAUUGCUCCAAGAUUAACUCUACCUAAGUAGGAGUAGUUUGGCAAGUGAAAGCAGAGCAGAAACGGCACCAGUAACGGGAUGGUUUUACGUGGGGUGAUUUUAUAGCAGAACAGAUAUGCAUGUAGCAUUACUUCUAAAAUUUGACACAAACAUAUACUUAUGUCCUCGUAAUGUCUCUAAAAAGUUCUUGAUGGGAGAUCAUUAGAUUCGGAUUUUGAGGUCGUACUCUGACGAGUCUAAUAUUUCAACC